AACUGACAGGAAGAAGCGUGGCCGUUGGCGGCUCAGAGCGGAGCGGCGGCCGCUCGCGAUGUCGGGCGAUGGCUGCGUGUUCGCGGACCGGAGCGUGACCGUGCUGUGCUGCCGCUUCUGCCAGCAGGUGCUGAGCUCGCGGGGGAUGAAAGCCGUGCUGCUGGCCGACACCGACACCGAUCUUUACUCCACCGACAUCCCGCCUUCGGGCACCAUUGACUUCAUCGGCAGCUGCUAUUUCACUGAGAUCUGCAAGUGCAAACUGAAGAACAUCGCGUGUUUGAAGUGUGGUAACAUUGUUGGUUAUCAUGUGAUUUCUCCCUGCAAACCUUGCCUGCUGUCCUGUAAUAAUGGUCACUUCUGGAUGUUCUAUAGCCAAGCAGUCUUUGGCAUCAACAGACUAGACUCUUCUGGUGUGAAUGUAUUGCUAUGGGGCAACUUGCCAGAUUUGGAGGAAAACACAGAUGAAGACAUGUCAUGCAUCUCUGAGGAGGAGUACAUCAGAUAACAUUUAUCUAAGAGACACCACAGUAUUUCCCCUAGAUACAUUGCACUGCUGGUUGUUUUGGACUCUUCUUCCUGCUGACCCAUCAGAGCUUCAACAAUAGAGGAAGCUACGAAAUCUGGAGAGCAACCCUAAGAAAGGAAGUUGUCAUCUUUUACUGUAGCUUUCCUUCAACUCUUACACCUGCCUGGUGUGUAUGCAUUAUUCUGACCAGAGAUAUGGCUUGAUGAGAUCUGCCUCUCCAAUACCUGGACAUGCAGACAGCAGGUGCAUUUGCAUUGAGGUCCUGGUCUGUUUUCCUUUUACACUUAAAUCUCCUCAAUUAAUUCUGUUCUUAACAGUAUUUUUCUUCUUUUCUAAAACAGUAUUAGCAGAGAGGUCUUUCACUUGCUGGAAAUACAGCUUAAAAGUCUUGAAAAAUAGUUGGUUUGGUUGAUGGAUAAUGGUCUGAAGGAGCUUUGCUCGUGUAGCCAUGCAGUCCACCCAUUGCCCAGAGCUGCAUUCAAGAGCAGCUGAACAAAUGCCUUCAAGUGUUGUAGCUUUGGCUCUAUGAUCUCUCUUGCUUUUAGCAGCUUGUUCUCUAGACAUCUGAGGCAUGUAAGAAAGCUCCUGAAUAAGGACUGGGGAGCUGUCUUACUGAGUUUGCCUGUCUUCAUCUUUCAGUAUUUUUAGGAUCAUGUUUCUGCAGGAAUUAAGUUCCGAAUUUUCAGUUUCUUUCCCCCAUACACAUGCCAAGUAAAUCUAAAUACUGAAAUUUGUUAUUGUCUAAUGUAACUUUGGGACUACAGCAGAACUUUGGUUAAGAUUAACAUUGAAAUCCAUCCAAUUUUGUGUUGUUUUUUCUUUAUUUUGUUUUGGGCACUUCCCUAAAACAGAAUUUAGUCAAGUUGAAUAUUCAAGCUUUACAUCCUGAAGUGUACAGACACAUUAAUUCCUCUAAGAAAUAAUGGACUUAAAGUUCAUUAUGUGAGUCGUUAGCCAUAGUAUUUUAUUUAUUAACUAACCCCUGUCCCCUUCAGCUAAUUACCUGAAGGAUGAUCUUUGGAAAAUUCAAGUUACAGACACGUAAGAGACUUGACUACAUUUUUAAACUCUGAUUGAUGCUGAAUAAAUCAUUCCAUAACUUCUCAUGAUGCUUUGAAGAGGUACAAUGAAGGCAGAUCUGACUUGUCUCAUGUCUUUAUUGCAUUAGAUGUAUUCCUUAAUUAAUGGAAUUAACUCUUCUGCGUUGUAUAAAUGUAUAUUGAUGUGUAUAUAUUUGUGUGCCUAUGUAUAUCUGUAUGCCUCAUUUGGAUUUCCUGUGUUUGCUCAUGAAAUAAAAUGCUUGGAUUGUGUA